AUGGAUCGAAAGCUGCUAUUGCUAGCUGUAAUUUUUGGAGUCGUCACCACUUAUCAUCAAUAUCGCGAAGUAAUCUGUAAAACGAAAGACAACCGAAACCGGGGCGGCCCCGACAAGGCAAAGUGUCUAAUUAACAUAAAAAAUGAGGAGCUGGACCGCGGCAAGGAUGGGCCGUUGGGAGCUGGGUGUUUUACGGAAAAGCCAGGACGAGGAGAACCGAAAGAAAUCUGCGACCUCGUCUGCCCGAAAGCACAUACCGUCUUCGUGGCCCACAUCGACGUCGGACAUCGGGGUUGCUUCAACUACUACAACUACGAGUUGGAACAGCGCAAGAACGAGUGGUUCCUGAUGAGGAGCGGGGAAUGCGCUAAUUCUACUAUUACUUUCAGAAUUGGGUGCAAAUUCGAUGAUCCUUUCAACGUUACCUUCAAAUCCGACAAUGAA